AUGGCGGACUCGCAAUCGACUUCCCACGAUAAGCCUAUUGUCCAAAUGCCAUGGGGCUUGCACCUUCUUAGUGAUCACACUAGCGAAGCUAGACAGGGGGGAGUUGUUGUGGACAUUAUCGCCGUUCAUGGUCUUGGCGCGAAUCCUGACCACGCUUGGGUGCGGCAUAAAAAUACGACUGCGGGACCCGAUAAAGAUGUGCGAUGGCUCACGGAUCUGCUACCGCAGACAUUCCGUGAUUUUGAACCCAGUAUCAGUGCUCGCAUCUUCUGUUUCAACUAUCAGUCUGCGUGGCUUGGACCGCAGCUGAGCAGGAACCGACUGGAAGGUCUCGCAGGGAGGUUGCUGGAUGAUGUCCACAAUGGCAGAGGCAAGAGUGGCACUGUGUCAGAUCGACCACUCAUCUUUAUUGGCCAUUCCUUCGGUGGACUGGUGAUCGAGCAAGCGGUAGUCCAAGCAAACUCUGCGGGGGGUAGGUAUGAGUAUCUCAUUAAGCUUAUUGGCGGCGUCGUCCUUCUUGGAACCCCUCACCAGGGAUCAAAGUCUCAAAAGUGGGGCUCGAUCCUGGCAAAUCUGGCCCGUUUAAUCGACUAUGGUGAGACCGGACUGAUGGAAGAGGUGGAUGAGAAGUCGAUGAAAAUAUUCGACCUAAUCUCUGAAUUCAAGAAAAUCAUGAUCAGCAUUGACCUGGCGAAGACAGCUGUCAUAUGCUUCUACGAGAAUCAUCCGACGAACUAUUUGUCGCGGGUGAUCAAGACCGGACCGUGGCUUCAGAGACAAACGUCAUCCGUGGUUGUUGAAGAGACGUCGGCGGUGUUGUCCGGAUUCUAUUCCAUCGUCUUGGAUUCGGACCAUUUGAAGUUGAACAAGUUCGCAAGUCCACAGGACGGGAACUACAUGUCUGUGUCCUCGAACCUGUGCAGAAUAGCGGCAGCAGCGCCCGAAAUCUUUCGAAGCCGUCGAAAAGGGACGGCGUCUAAUCAGGACAAGUACUUUUUAGUAUCUCGAGAACGAGUCAAGGAUUUUAUUGGCCGUGAUAGUCUGCUUGACCAAAUUUGGUCGCAUUUCUCCCGCGACCAAACAGGACCACCGCCAUGUUUGAUCCUCCACGCCCUUGGAGGGCAAGGUAAAAGCCAGAUUGCGUUGGAGUACUGUCGAAGGUGGCGAGAAACGUACCGUGGUGUCUUCUGGAUCAACGCCAAUUCUGAGAUGACGGUCACGCAAUCAUACGCUACGAUUGCGGCCGAACUGCCGGGAGGAUCAUUACACGGGACAGAUGAUAGCGCCGCUUUGAUCAAGGUGGUCAAAGAACGUCUAGAACAGUGGAGUGAAGCGUGGUUAUUGGUGUUUGAUAACUACGAUGAGCCUGAGCGACUCCCUGCAAUCAGGCAAUUCAUUCCAACCAAGGGGCACGGUCAUGUCCUUUUUACCAGCCGUAAUCGAGAUCUCAGUCGACUCGGCACGCUUCUUGAAAUCCCACCGAUGGCGGCGGACGAGGGCGUAAGGCUUUUACUGCGUGGGUACGACGUUAAUGACAUACAACAAGCACACCACGACGCGGCGUUGAGAAUCGUCAACCGCCUGGGUCAACUCGCUCUUGCUAUCGAUCAGGCAGCCGCGUACAUCAAGUACAAAAGGAUGCCGCUAGAUCGAUUAGGAGAUUUCCUGACCACGUACGAGGCCGAGCGACGUCGAAUUCUCUCCUAUACUCCGAAAAAGUUUUGGGAGUAUCGGAAGAUGCAGAGUCAAGGACAAGCGGAACAUAUCAGCGCCUUCACUACAUGGGAAAUGUCCUUUCAGCAACUAGGGUCAGGAGACGAGCCGUGGAAGAAAGUUGAGGCACAUUUCCUGACAUUGUCUGCUUUUUUCGCUCCUACUUCAAUCACUGAGUCUCUUUUCCGCUACUAUCACGAAAGAUAUGGCGGUAAAGUAGAAUGGAUACAGAAAUUCAGCCUGGCCGAUGGGGACGAGGGGGACGAGGAGGACGAGAAGUCGGGCAUGCUGUCUUCCGGCGGUGGAACUCAUGGUACGUGGGAUUCUGAUCGAUACUGGGACAUUGUCGACAAGUCGGCCGAACUGUCUCUGCUGCAAAGCGUCUCCCCAGGAACAGGCCAGCAGGGAGCAAGUUUUUCCUUGCAUCCGCUUAUCCGAGACUGGUUGCAGCUCCGAUUGAAAGGAAAGGAGCGCCAAAAGUAUACGCAGGAAGCGAUCGAGGUCUUAGCAUGCUGUGCGAAGGCAUACGGGAUUCGCUCGACUAGUUUGGAGGAAAGGACAGCGCUGAUAACGCACAUGGAUGUGUCCUUGUCAAACGAUGAAGAAAUCUUGGAGCCGCAAGACAGACUUGGUUGUAAUGUUGCAAAUCGCAAAGCGGCAAGCUGGUUUGCAAGUUUCUAUGCGCAUCAAGGGCGAUAUCGUACAACUGAAUCCCUAUUUCGCCGUUUGGUAGAGACUCUUAAGAGUAAAGUAAGCGAAGAGCAUCCUUUGACGCUAGUGCACAUGAGCAAUCUAGCGAUGACCUUGAAAAUUAAUGGCAAGUACGAAGAGGCUGACUCAAUACACCGACAAACCUUGAGGCUGAGGAAGAAGGUACUGGGGGAGAAUCAUGUUGAUACCUUGAUAAGUAUGCACGACCUGGCAUCGUUAUUGAGUGAACGGCGCAAACUUGAAGAAGCAGAAUCACUAUGUCGACAAACAAUAAAGUUACGAGAAACGGAGUUGGGAAGUCAGCAUCCUGAUACCUUGUCAAGCAUAAGCAUGUUGGCCGACAUACUGGGCAAUCGAAAGAAAUAUGAGGAGGCCGAAGAACUUUUCCGCUCGACAUUGCUGACGCAAGGAACGGUAUUGGGCAAAGAACAUCCUCUUACAUUACGAACUAUGACCAACCUUGCGGUUGUAUUGCGGAACCAAAAGAAGUACGAUGAAGCCGAACAAAUUGAUCGAUCGGUAUUGAUGACGAGGGAAAUCGUACUCGGCAAAGAACAUCCUAAUACAUUGACUACUAUGAGUAACCUAGUGAGAUUAUUGAUUCUCCAAGAAAGUUACGACGAGGCCGAGCGGGUGGGUCGACAGACAUUGAUGAUGCAAAACAUUGUAUUGGGUAAUGAACAUCCUGAAACAUUGGAGAGCAUGAACAAUUUGGCCGUGCUUUUAAUGUACCAAAACAAAUACGAAGAGGCCGAGCGGAUGGGCCGACAGGCAUUGAUGAUGGGAGACACGGUAAACGGCAAAGAGCAUCCUGACACGUUGUUGAGCAAAGAGCAUCCUGAUGCGUUGUUGGGUAUGAAGAAUCUGGUGUACCUGUUGAUGAGGCAAGGUAAAUACGACGAGGCCGAGCGGAUGGGCCGACAGGCAUUGAUGCUGAGAGAAAAGGUAUCCGGCAAAGAGCAUCCUGAUACGUUGUUGAGUAUGGUGAAUCUGGCGAACACAUUGAGGAGGCAAGGCAAAUACAAAGAAGCCGAGCGAACAUUUGAGUGGGGAGACGAAGGAGAGGGGAGCGGCAGUGGAGAGCGACGCGACGAGGGAGAUGGGAACGAACGGUUGCGGCCAAGGAUAACAGGAGUAUUGGCGAGGAAGCUGCCAUUAUCUAGCAAAUUGUCUCCUCACUAUAAAGGCAGACGGAGAAAUACGAUGUAA